CAUUGCUGUAUUAGCAUUUAGCAGGACAGUACCAUCGAGAUUUUCAGGAUUUUACAUAUAUAUUACACCUGACGAUUCUACUGAGAUAUGAUGGAUUCCUCGGCUAAUAAGCAAUGGCUGGCAGAACUUGAGAAGGAUGAUGACCUUGGGGAGCUGGAGUUGAUUGACCCACUGAGCAUGCAGCAGCUCGCGGAAUCCCUGGCCAACGAGCUCUGGAGCCAGCAGCAGCCUCCACAACAAGAGCAGCGGCCAACAACCACGGGUUUCUCAUUCGCUGGGGUUGGGGGCUCUGCGGCGACGGGUGUUGGUUGCAACAACAUCUUGAUGUCCUUCACCAAUGACGGCGGCUCGUCGUCGUCGUCGUCUACCACGGUCGUUGGGACUGCGAAUAAUUGCUGCCCACCACUGACGAUGCUGCCGCUGACGGAGAAGAAACAAGGCACAGGCAGUGGCGGCGGCCGGAGGGCGAGCUCGAGCCUGAAGGAGCACGUCGUCGCAGAGAGGAAGCGCCGGGAGAAGAUGCACAACCAGUUCGCCACGUUAGCGUCCAUCGUCCCGGACAUCACCAAGACCGACAAGGUGUCCGUCCUGGGCAGCACCAUCGAGUACGUGCACCACCUCAAGGACAGGCUCAAGACGCUGCAGCAGAAGAAGGAGCACCACCACUUCGCCGGCAGCGGCAGCGGCACGGCGGAGUCGGAGUCGCCGCCACCGUCGGACGCACAGUGCUGUACUACUGGGACUGGCUCCAAGGACGAUGAAGCUGUUAACAAGUCCGAUGAUGAGAGCCCAAAGAUCGAGGUGGACGUGCGAGGGAAAACGAUUUUGCUGAGGGUGGUGUGCCGGCAGAAGAAGGGGGUGCUCAUCAUGGUGCUCACGGAGCUGAUCGAAAACCACGGCCUCUCCAUCAUCAACACCAACGUCGUGCCCUUCGCCGAAUCAUCACUCAACAUCACCAUCACGGCACAGAUUGAAGACGGAACUUCUAGCACAGGUGAACUUGUGAACAAUAUUACAUCUGCUCUAAAUAAAGUAGGUUGAAAUUCUAGUGAAAAGAAGUACAUUCAAUAUCAUAUUGUAUGCAGAAAUUAAUGUAAGUGGCAGCAACUAGUUGAUUAGUGAACAAAAUAUAUUUAUUUAACGAAAUUAAUAGCUGGCUUUUGUUUGCAAAUAAAUGGAUCAAACAGUUUGCAG